ACAUCCAGAGAGACUGUGGAUGCUUCAUUAUUAAACUCAUUCUGCUUUAGUGGAAACCACAUCACCGUCAUCAUGCCGACGGUGGUCCUGAUGGACGCGUCUCUGUCCAUGACGCGGCCGGUCUCUCUGGAGCAGUGUUCCGAGGAGUUGCAGAGGAAGAACCUAGCUGUGGCCGGACUCACCAUGCUGUUUGAGCACAUGGCUAACAACUACAGACUGGAAUUCACUUCUCUAGUGGCCUUCUCUUCCCUGUGGGAGCUACUGGUGCCUUUCACCAGGGACUACAACACCCUACAGGAAGCCCUGAACAACCUGGAGGACUAUGACAAGACCUGCCUGGAGGCAGCUUUACACGGAGUCAGCAACGUGGUGCAGCAGGAGUGGGGCCACGCCUGUCCUACACAGGUGGUGUUGGUAACAGACGGCUCUCUGGGGAUCGGUAAAGGCUCUCUGAGACACUCCCUACAGACUCUGAAAGGACGACCAGAGGAUAAGAAGUUCCCCCUGCCCUUCCCUUUCCCUGCCAAGCUGUUCAUCAUGUGCAUCGCUAACGCAGAGGAGUUACAGAUGACAGACACGAUGCAUAACCUGGAGCAGCUGCUCCAGCUGAACGGAGGAGAUGGACAGAUCUUCACUAUGGAAGGCCAGCUCUGUCUGAAGAGUGUCCAGGUCAUGUUCGGGUGCGUAUGUCAACCCAGAAGCUUCCGUCCAACUCUUCAUGUUUACUUCUCAGGGUGGAAGCUAAAUCUGAAACUAGUGGAAACGACACAAGCGCCUGGCCCUUUCUCUGGGACCUAGCUAGGUCUUUGGUUGGCACAAUUAUCGUGUAACUGUGUAACCGACUGUUAUAGAUGAAGGUCGUUGUGAAAGUGAAAAUAACAGUCCAAACAGAAAGGGUUUGUGGAACGUACAGCUGAACUGAAGACGUCUCAUUCGAUUGAGUCAGUUUCUGUGGUAACGUGGAUUCUUAACUCGAGUCGAUGUCCGCGCCCCCCACUGAAAUCUAAUGAGCAUAAUUA